AUGCAAAUAGCAUUUGACAAUGGUAUCAAUUAUUUCGAUACUGCUGAAGUUUAUUCAGGUGGAAAAUCCGAAAUUGAUAUGGGAUUCGCAAUAAAAAGGUUAGGUUGGAGUAGAUCUGGUUUCGUAAUAUCUACAAAAAUAUUCUGGGGUGGUAAAGGUCCAAAUGAUCGUGGAUUAUCAAGAAAACAUAUCGUAGAAGGGUUAAGUGCUUCUUUACAAAGGUUAGGACUAGAUUAUGUCGAUAUUGUAUACGCGCAUAGAUCAGACCCUGAUACUGUACAAUAUAAUUUGUUUCAUAGAGAACGUGUAGAAAAAGAGUAUGUUCCUUUAUUUAAUAAUUAUAAGAUGGGUGCUGCAGUCUGGUCACCUCUUGCUGGUGGUGUCCUUACCGGAAAACAUAAUGAUCAUAUAGAUAAAGAUUCUCGCUUUGCAUUAGAAGAUAAUACACAAAUGGAAAUGUUAAGAGAUGGUUUGUUAAGUCCAGAAGGUCAACUUAAAAUCGAAAAAGUUAAAAGACUAAUGCCCGUUGCAGAGCGGAUUCGUGUUACUCCUGCCCAACUCGCACUUGCAUGGUGUAUGAAACAACCUAAUGUUGAUACUGUGAUUACUGGUGUAUCUAAACCUGAACAAAUGAUAGAAAAUCUCAAAGCCGUAAAUUUGAUCUCAAAAUUAACACCGGAAAUCUUAAAAGAAAUUGAUGACAUAAUGGAUAAUAGACCACAACUUCAAUUUAGUUUCAGGGAUUGUUGA